GCGGUAAAGACUGUUUGCCAAUAGAGCCCUGUAGCAGUGCCAGCUGAACAGCAGAGAAGGCGUGUGAGGAUCUUCAGGUUCCACUGCACCUUAGGGUGAGCGACACCUCCCUUAAUUUAGCCUCUCACUCCUCCUCUCCACUCUCACAUGCUCGACAAGCAGGAACUCACUCAGCCCCAACAUGAUUUCCUAAUCCUUCUCAUGACUCGCUGAGCAAACCUGCAGCCCUUCCAGCUGGAGAAGCAAAUCAUUAAGAGUUCUUCCCGCCUAUCAUCCUGCUCUCGCUUCUCUGAAGGGCUUCAGCCAUGUUCCACAGGAAGCACAUCAAGCUUCUUCUCAUUGGGAAUGCAGGAUCAGGAAAGUCAGCAUUGAUGAACCAAUACGUCAACUGUCGGUUUACCAACUACUACAGAGCAACUAUUGGAGCAGAUUUCUUCACUAAGGAGCUACGGGUUAAUGAGAAGAUAGUGACAGUGCAGAUAUGGGACACAGCGGGAACAGAGCGAUUCCAGUCAUUGGGUGCUGCUCUCUAUAGAGGCACAGACUGUUGCCUGUUGGUGUUUGAUGUGAGCUCCCCUAACUCCUUCCAUGCUCUGGACAACUGGCACAGAGAGUUCCUGGUACAAGCCGAUCCCGUUUCUCCUGGAAGCUUCCCGUUCGUGGUGAUCGGUAAUAAGACAGACCUAGAGGAGCGGCAGGUUUCACCGCGGGAGGUAGAGGAAUGGUGUAAAAGGUUCAACGCAAAGUACUUUGAAACCAGCGCUAAGGAAGCAAGGAACGUAGAGGAGGCAUUCCUGGAGGCCAUCAAAUUGGGCUUAAACUAUCACCAGGAGCCUGACCAGACCUGGGAUACCAAGGUAGUGAACUUGUCUCCUCCGAGCAAUAGCAAGAAAUGUGACUGUUAGAGAGAGCAGGAGAACCGUAUCCAUUGUGCCUUAGGAGACCUCAGACAGUUAAAAGGAUGGUCCGACCCACCCCACCAUCACUCUCAAGAUCACAACGUGUGACUGGAAGGAUGGAGAACUGCGGGCAGAUCCUGUUUACUCAUCAGCCUGUACAGAACUUGUCAAACUGGUCAAGGCUACGUGAAGUCUAUACCUGCCCACUGAGCUGCUGCACAGGAACUGCCUUGGGUAACGUUCUCUGCUGGAACAAAAUAGAAGGAAGGACGAUAUUCUCCACAAAGCCAUUACCCCACCAACUUCCCAGUAAGGGCUGCCUGUUAUACAUGGACAAAUGAUUGAACUUUGCUGGCAGAAAGGCAGUCAUGGGAGGGGGGGGGCAGGACUGGACCAGCUAUCUAAUAACAGAUGAGUGGCUUAUACUGGGUCUGUGUGGGGCCCUGAACAGUUUUGGAGGUUCAGUAUCAGCUCAAGGUACUAGCUGGUAGCAAGGGGUAUUUUGAAAAAUAAGAGUUUACAUAUAUGUUUUAAAAAUUGUGUUAAAUAAACUGUCCAUAGAAUAUUACUGGAAAACUAUAAACACCAAUGAGUAUCCUGCUAGUGUAUUAAUACCUUGUUUUAUUUAAACUGAUUUCUAGUUCUAUAACAUAUUAAAAGGAAAGUUUACCUUUUUUUUUUAAUAUCUUUUUCUAUUCUGAACUGAAUAUACAAGCUAUGUUAUUCUAAAAGGGGGUUUUCACCUUUAAAUGAACGUGUAGAGUGAUAUUCUGUGACAAUUUGCAAUUGGUUUAAUUUUUUUUAAUGAUUUGUGGUUUUUGAGUUAUUCAGCAGCUCUCCAGGUUUGAAAUUCCAGCAGUCUGGUGGUUAAGGUCCAAAUGACCCUAGCAACCAUGCAUUGAUUUGAAUAAGAGACUGGAAUAUGAAUAGGAGAGGGCCUGAAUAGAAAGACAAGCAAUACAAUUAUAUUUUAACCUUAGAGAGCAUUUCUUUUUAAAUGGGGUCAGUGACCACCAUUUGAAAGCUGGAAUGAGUCAGAAGGUGGCAAAUAAUUCAAAAGCUAUAAGAAAUAAUGAAGACCAAAUGAAAAGUUGCUAGGAAUUGGCCUUUCUGUAAGUUACCAAAAGGUAAACCAACCCUGUGACUUUAAUAGGCCAGACUGGUUGCUCCUGAAAACUGCAUCAUGGAGCAAUGUUCUUUAUUUAAUGGCCAUGGGCAGACAGUAUGUUAUCUGGAAUUUUUUUUCAAAUGAUCCUUUUUCUCUGUAAUAAUAAAACAGUAGCUUGUACUUGA